CUUCGCGGUUUCCUUCGCUAAUGGCAGUUGACGACACCCUCGUCUCCCCAUGAGAAGAACGAGUUCGAGCACCGUAUUCAAGUACUGAAGUUUGGUUUUCGCCCCCACCGAAGCACGAGCAUCUUCGAUUCCAAGCCCCGCCGUUCUUCGAGAAUAUGCUUCACCUCGUAGAAAGACUCUCCUUCUCUCGCUCUUGUUCCUCUCAAGCCCAGCAACGCAAGCCGCUUGCCCAAAAGACAUUCUUCGAACCGAACGCCAGGGACGGGACCGUGCAUCGCCUGUGCAAGGAAAAGAAGUUCAAGGAAGCCAUGGACGUCAUGUGCGGUCAGAAGCGCCUGAGGGACGCGAUCCGGUUGCUGGACCAAAUCGAACGCCCCUCUGCUUUGGUGUACUCGACCCUCCUGCAGUCUUGCCUCAGGCAGCGAGACCUCGGAGCCGGCAAAAUGGUCCAUGCCCACAUGGGCAGAGCCGGGUUCUUGCCCGGGGUUGUCAUUUCUAACCGGCUCAUCGACGUGUACACGAAAUGCGAUAGCCUGGUCGAUGCCCAGAAGACGUUUGAUGAAAUGCGUCACAGGGACCUGUGUUCUUGGAAUACUAUGAUAUCCGGGUAUGCGAGAGCUGGUCGACUUUCGGACGCGAGGAGAUUGUUCGAUGAAAUGCCGGAAAGAGACAAUUUUUCGUGGACGGCAAUGAUGUCUGGUUAUGUUCGCCACGACAUGCCCGGAGAGGCGAUCGAACUGUUUAGAAUGAUGCAAAUGCUUGAGAUUCCGAUGUCGAACAAGUUCACUUUUUCCAGUGCUCUUGCUGCGGCUGCGGCUAUUCCGUGUUUACGCAAAGGAAAAGAGAUUCAUGGUCAUAUAUUGAGACUGGGGUUGGAGUCGGAUGAGGUUGUUUGGAGUGCUCUAUCGGAUAUGUACGGCAAAUGUGGGAGUGUGGAGGAGGCUAGGCACAUUUUCGAUAGGAUGGUGGAUAGAGAUGUUGUCACAUGGACAGCAAUGAUUGAUCGGUACUUCGGUGAUGGGAGGAUUGAAAAGGGUUUUAUGAUGUUCUCUGAAUUGAUGUACUCCAAGAUUAGGCCAAACGAGUUCACAUUUGCAGGGGUCUUGAACGCAUGCGCUGAUCAUGCAGCAGAAGAGGUUGGUAAGCAGGUCCAUGGUUACAUGGUGCGCAGUGGAUUUGAUCCAUUUUCAUUUGCAGCAAGUGCCCUUGUCCACAUGUAUUCCAAGUGUGGAAAUAUGGAGAGUGCAGAGAGAGUGCUUAGAGGGAUGCCACACCCGGAUUUAGUUUCAUGGACGUCACUGAUAGUUGGAUUUGCUCAGAAUGGUCUUCCUAGGGAAGCUCUUAAAUAUUUUGACAUGUUGUUAGAAUCAGGUAUUCGGCCUGAUCAUGUCACUUUUGUCGGGGUUCUCUCUGCUUGUGCUCAUGCUGGGUUGGUAGAUAAAGGUCUCGAGUAUUUCCAUUCAAUUACUGAACAGCAUGGACUGACACAUACUCCUGAUCAUUAUGCUUGUAUAGUUGAUUUAUUAGCUCGUUCAGGCCGUUUUAAAGAAGCUGAAGAGAUCAUUAGCACAAUGCCAAUGAAGCCUGACAGAUUUUUGUGGGCAUCCUUGCUCGGGGGCUGCAGAAUUCAUGGAAACAUGGAACUGGCAAAACGAGCAUCCGAGGAAUUGUUUCAAAUUGAGCCCGAGAAUCCAGCUACUUACAUCACUAUGGCUAACAUGUAUGCUACGGCUAGUAUGUGGGAUGAGGUUACGAAAAUCAGAAAGAUUAUGGAAGAUAGAGGAGUGGUGAAAAAACCUGGUUUGAGCUGGACUCAGAUCGGGAGAAAGCAACAUGUUUUCUUAGUCGGAGAUACAUCCCAUCCAAAAUCAAAUGAGAUACAUAUAUUUUUGACGGAGAUCUCCAAGAGGAUGAAAGAAGAAGGAUAUGUGCCUGACACAAAUUUUGUGCUACAUGAUGUGGAGGAAGAGCAAAAAGUGCAAAAUCUUGCCUUCCAUAGUGAGAAACUUGCAGUUGCUUAUGGUAUUCUUUCAACCUUGCCAGGAACUCCCAUUAAGGUGUAUAAGAACUUAAGAACAUGUGUAGACUGCCACACUGCUAUCAAAUUCAUCUCAAAGAUUAUGAGGAGGAAGAUUAUAGUGCGGGACUCGAAUCGGUUCCAUUGCUUUGAGAAUGGGAUUUGUUCAUGUGGAGACUAUUGGUGAUUAGAAAAGUUUGAGUAUGCCCAGCAUCUGCAUGGGUCUUAUGAAGACGUCGUCCUGGGAGUCUUCCAUGAAGACUCAAAAUCUUCUUGUUGAACAGAUUCCGUCUCAAUGUUGAUAGCAGAGAUUGCUGGGGAAUGAGAUUUAAAUGACCUAUCUGAGCGAGGUGUCCUUGUUCGCCCAAAUUAUCCGGUAAUUGGAUAUUUAGAAAGGCUGUUGCUUUUGGUUGCCAAACACUAUUAAGACAUCCUCCAAAGGGAAGUUCUGGGAUUAGUGACAUCAAUCAGGUAGCCAUAAUGCAAAUGCAAUUUUUUAUUCAAGAAGAUGUGGCCAUGCAUCGACGAUUGAGUUCAUCUUGCUUUUCUCUAGUCCACCAGAACAGCAAAGUUAGAGCACUCGUCAAUGUUGACAUAUGAACAAUACAAUCUUCGGAGCAACUGAGAAGGCUUGCAUCUUAGUAGUUGAUAUUCAUUUCAUGUUAUUGCCUUUUGGUGGCUAGAUAUUCGAAAGAGAAUCUUAGAGCUGAUCUAUAAGCUUUUCGAAGUUCCUCACAUGUACAAGCACCGCAGUUAGAACCAAGACGACUCCUCCCAUCAACAUCACCAUAUCUAGGAACAGAAAUUUUGAGGUAAAAUUUAUCUACUCAAAUCCUCCCGUCAACAUCAGUUCUCAAACUCCCUCACCCUGGUUUCUGGACCUCUACUUGCUGGUCCAGCAGUUGAAGUAGACUGAUGAAGGAAACAAGCUAGAACCUACAGGUGGAAUUUGACUGCAAGUGCUGCCAGACCAAGCCCCCAGGGGCCUUUCCACUACAGAAAGUCACUUCCUCAUGAAUAAUCGUACUGUCCCACAUAGCCCUGCUCAGCAAUGGAAAGAGCGAGCAAUGCUGACGCUCCCCUAAAGCUGACCGAUUAUCUGAAAACAUAAGCUAAUGUGCUUAAAGUCAUCUCAGGAUGCUCAAUGUCCAUGCUUGCUUCAUAAUAUAUUAACUUGCAGUCAUGGUGUAGUGCCGGUAUAGUGCGCCCUAGUGUUUGGGAGACCCAAAACUCGAUCCAUGAGGUGGAGGGUUCGAUUUCCCUCUUGAGGCACGUAUCUACCUCUCAUCUGGGAAGUGGGGUGAUGGGGCAACUUGCCUGCUCCUACUCGGCCCACGAAUCUUUGUGGUCGUGGGUUUUCCCUGGUUAUCAAGAAAGGGAGGACAAAAGAAAGAAAAAAAAUGCAGCUGUUGGCUGGAACUUCAAGGUCAAGAAUGCUGCAUUGCGGUCUCUGCUAACUAUAUGAAGGUUAGUUAAAGCACAUUGUUGUGUGGUGAUCUGAUCAAUUCUAGGACUUGGAUGACGAAUAACCUUAUGAUUUAUACUUGUUAAACGACCGUUAAGUUUGUAGAUGCAGACCUACAAGUUGGGGUGUUCUUAUUUUAGUUAUCGGAUCCACUAGAAAUGAGUAAAGCAGUGUCUUUUCUAUGAGGAGAUUGGCGAUGAUUCGUAUGAAGUAAUUCCAAGGGAUCUAUACUGAUUCACUUUGCAACCUCCUAACUAGCUAGUAAGAGUAAGAAUAAUGGCUAGAGCCAGAUGAUGUUUGCUUCUGCAUAUGAGCUUAACACCCAAGGAUUAGGGUUACAACCUGUUUGCUGAUGCUAAUUUGGUUCUGCGGCGGAUCAAGGAGCCAAAGAACUAGAGCCAAGGUAUUGUUUUGAUGGGGUUGAUGCGAUUUUAUCAGCUCUGUUUAAUGGGAUUCAAUUCAUUUUGGAUACCUUCUCAUAUUCAAUAUUAUGGAUGAUUGUGAGUGU